AUGGACUGGUGGGUUUUCUUAAUCUCCGCCUUCGCUGGAGGGUGUUCAGCAAGACCACAGCAGGCUGGAAAAGGAAUCAAAGCAAUUGAGCCAACUGCUCCAGGACAAAUUGGAAUCAAUCCCGCUGACUAGUAAGAUGAAGCUUGAAAAGCUACCUCAAAUCUUGUACUGACAUAAAUUGUAGCAUUGGCACCAAUACUCAGUACUUCACUGCAGAAGCCACAACAACAAGGUGGAUUGGAGUCGAUAGUGUAAUCAUCCCUACCAUCACAAUCACCUCGAACAAUAUCCCCUCCACAAUUACAAAAUCCGCGCAGGUCGCAGUGAGCACUGCUUCCGAGGCAUCGGAUGGAGUUGAGCCGGUGACCUGACAGUGAUACUCACUCCCGCCCUGGAAUCCAAGCUCACAAACUUCUUCGAUGAGGUUCAAGCAGCUUGUGGUCUUGCUAAGCUUAACCCUCGGGCAGGAGCAGGUUGUUCAGGUGGGACGGCAAGAUAUAUCGAAGAGAAUUUAAGCGAAGAGAUCGCAGCAGAAGUCAGGGAAGCUAUUGGAAACACGGUUGCUGAUGGUGCUGGAAACCUUGUUGAACUACUAUUUGAAGGCAGUGCCUUACCAGCUUCAAUUGCGGUAAACGGGGUAAAUAUAGGAUUAGGCGCAGCGAUUAUUGCAUUCGGAUAUCUGGGCUGGGUAUCAAGCCAUGAUGGAAGUCUUGCACCAGUGAAAAUACCAAAGAAGAAAAUAAAGACAACGACACAGACAUCAACAGCAAGUUCGACAGCAACUUCAACCUCGAGCAAGGUACCACUGGAGCCGGAGCCAACUUUGUCAUUCUACAGUUAUCCCGUUGGAGUCCCGUUCGAUACAUCUAGCGCUGCGGCCAUGGCGACUGCUAUUCAAGGACGAUUUGAGGCCUUGGCUGCUAUAGCCAAUGCAGCGACGGUACUAUGUACCUGUACCCAAAUAGUCCAUGCAGAUGGGAGUAAAGGAGAACUAAAAUGUCCAAUACUCAAUGGAUGCGAGAAUUGCAAUGUGAGCUCCGUUUCCCAAGACUCAGCUGGAAUCACUGACAAGAUAACAGGUUAUCUCAUCCACGGAAGCAGCCCCCGCACCUACGGUAGCCCCUAGCCCGCCUAGUCCGCCAAUUCUUCAGCCAAAGCCAGACCCUGUAUCUCCAAAUGCCUGUAACAAGGAUCGCAAAGAUAAACUGCCCGAGUAUGUAGACUCAAGCACCUUCAAUAUCAAAGCGGCCAAGAAAGCAAUCGGGCAGUUUUGCAAUAAAUUGACUUAUUCAUUCGAGAACAACCCAUUGAAAACAAGACCUCAAUGGCAGCUAUACUACGUGGAGGGAGAAAACAUCUCGGAAGCAGACCAUAGAUCCUUGGGUGAUAGUGAGAGAUUAUACCUCGCGAUGCUUCGCGAUGCGAUGGGACUUGGUCGAUUGCACAAACAACGACUGGUGGUCUCCCCCAGAUAACUCAUCUCCAGCCGCAAAGCUUAUUGCAGACAAAGAAAAGUCCAUCGCGAGUUGCAUCACUGGGUUUGAAGCUGGUUUCACGGGUUGUGAGUACAGAUGAGCAAGCUUAUGCAGCCAGGACAGUGCUAACAUGUCCCUCACAGGUGAAGAUAAGGAUAAGAAGUACACUAUGGGAUCCAAAAAUACUUACAAGUGUAUGGAGUACCUUUCCAUCCCAUCAUCAACCGGCAGCCUCAUGAUGCCUGAUGGAAAUGCCCCAUGGUAG